AUGGUUGUGGCUACAAUUAAAUGUGUCGUCGUUGGUGACGGUGCGGUCGGAAAGACUUGCUUAUUGAUUUCGUAUACGACAAAUAAAUUUCCAUCGGAAUAUGUUCCUACUGUUUUCGAUAAUUAUGCCGUGACUGUCAUGAUCGGCGAUGAGCCUUAUACCCUCGGCCUCUUCGAUACCGCCGGACAAGAAGAUUACGACCGCCUGCGCCCUCUCUCCUACCCUCAAACCGAUGUCUUCCUUGUCUGCUUCUCCGUCACUUCCCCAGCCUCAUUUGAGAACGUGCGAGAGAAAUGGUUUCCAGAAGUCCAUCAUCACUGUCCCGGUGUUCCCUGCCUGAUUGUCGGCACCCAGACCGAUUUGCGAGAUGAUCCUGCGGUGCGCGAGAAGCUGGCGAAACAGAAGAUGCAGCCCGUGCGUAAGGAGGAUGGUGAUCGGAUGGCAAAGGAGUUGGGUGCCGUCAAGUACGUGGAAUGUUCAGCUUUGACGCAGUAUAAGCUGAAGGAUGUUUUUGAUGAGGCUAUCGUUGCUGCUCUCGAACCCGCCCCAAAGAAGAGACCCAAGUGCGUUGUUCUAUAA